AUGCAUGCUCCCGAGACCCCUGCCUCUGCAAGCUCCUCUACUGGACGCUCGGCUUCCGGACAAGUUGAAAUCCUCGACGAUCUGAUCCGACUGCGCGCAGCGGACGCCACCCAGAGUCCGAUACUAGCAUACCCUCGGCAUGAUGAAGCCUUUUCCUAUGCCUAUUUCCGUGGCCGAGACCUAGAUACCAUGACUGAUCGGACCUCGCGAGAGCGGAUGGAGGACGAUAUCGUGCCCACUUGGUUGCAUCGUCAUGAUGCUCUCGUCGCGUUUGUCAGCGGACGCAUGCGUAUCAUUGUUGGAUACCGUUGGGUGCACCACAAUCCCAUACGGUCGCACUCCAACUGUAAGGUCUACUGUCAACAGCGGAAGCCUGUCUUCUGCUCCCCGAUCGGUACCAGCAUGAACCAACCAAUGGAGAAACCGGGACCAGUAAACUUUCCUCUACAAACGGCCAACAUCCGGAAGAGCGACACCGCGGUGAUUCUGCAUUCUUCCGGGUCGACAGGUCUCCCAAAGCCGCUCUAUCUUAGCAACAACGCUUUAGUAUCACAGAUGCGAUACGGUCCGGGUCUCAGCUCCUUUAACUCAUUGCCGUGGUAUCACUUGUACGGCUUGACGACCGCACUCCAGGCCAUGUAUUCCUGCAACACGGCGUUUAUGUGGGACGUGUCACGGCCUUUGACAGCAAACUCGCUGACUCAAGCUUUGGACAUAGCCAAACCCGCAUCCGUCCACUGCGUUCCCUAUACUCUCCAACUGCUGAUCGAGACGCCCAAUGGCAUAGACAGGCGCCGGUCGUGCAAGAUGGCGACCUACGGAGGCGCACCCUGUCCGGGCGAGCUCGGUGAUCUCCUUGUUGCCAAUGGGGUCCGUCUCGGGGGUCUGUUUGGCUCGUUUGGUGGCCGAGUCCAUCUCGCGCCCGAGGACGACCGCGAUUGGAGCUAUCUGCAAUUCUUCGACCGUAUUCAGCGGUUCGCCCGAAUGAAGUGGGUGAGCGGCUCGUUGUACGAGUGUGUCUACCUGCCCGGCCAUCCGAGCCUCAGCGCCUCCAACGCGGACGACGGCUCCUACCAUUCGCGGGACCUUUUCGUCCAGCACCCGACACACCCGAAGCGGUGGAAGUAUGUCGCCCGUCGCGACGACCGUGUCACACUCAUCAACGGUGAAAAGGUGCUACCACAUCCCAUCGAGGGCACUAUCCGCCAACAUCCCCUCGUCGACGAGGCCGUCGUGGUAGGCGUGCAAAAAGCCGAACCGGGGCUGUUGAUCUUCCGCGCAGCCGCCGCCCAAGAUACCCCAGCCGAGGAAGUCCUCGACCACAUCGCCAUGGUGGAAGAGGCCAACGCCCGGGCGGAACAGUUUUCGCGCAUCUCGCGGGCGAUGGUCACCGUGCUGCCGGCAGGGGCGGCCUGCCCGCGGACCGACAAAGGAUUGAUCAUCCGGGCGCAGGUAUACGAUGACUUUGAAGACGACAUCAGCAAGAUGUACAGCCGCUGCCAUGACAGAUCCGGUGCGCUGCAGUUAAGUGUGGACGACACCGCAGCCCAUCUGUUGAGGCGGUGCCAAAACGAACUCCGCCUUCCGAUCAGCACCGUCCACGAAGACUUGUACUCCCAGGGCGUAGACAGUCUUCAGGUUAUCCAACUGCGACGACAAUACUGCAGAGACUUCAAGUUCGCCGACGCCGCAACCGUCCCCCAGAACCUGGUGUACGAGGCGGGGAACAUCUCUCGGCUGGCAGAGCUGAUCUACGCCAUCCAGCACGGCCAGGACACGCAGCACGAGGAUGAAUGGGCCUUGGCGCGCGACUGGGUCGAGCAAUACUCCUCCUUUUCCGGCACCCCAGGCUCGGGCGCUCGGUCGAACGAGAAAGCAGCGAUCUUGACCGGCGCCACCGGAUCGAUCGGCGCGCAUCUGCUCCGGACCUUGCUGGCGGAUGAGACCAUCUCCACCGUGUACUGUCUGACCAGACGGUCGAACCCGCACGACGCGCUCUUCGCCAACUUCCGCCGGAAACAGAUUACCAUCCCGCCCGCCUGGGCCGAACGGAUUGUCGCGCUGCAGAGUGACCUCGCACAAAGCGACCUCGGCGUGGGCGACAAACGCAUGCGCCAGAUGAAGCGAUCGGUGUCCCUCAUCAUCCAUGUCGCCUGGCCGGUGAACUUUACGCUGCCGCUCCCGAGCUUCGAGCCGCACGUCAAAGGCCUUCGCAAUUUGAUCAGUUUCUCCCUGUCCGUCGACGCGCCGGUCCCCGCGUUGCUCCUCUUCUGCUCCUCCGUCUCGACCGCGCUCGCCUCGCCUGCGCCCGAGAUCGAAGAGACCCCAAUGGGGCCGAAUUGCGCGCUGGACAUGGGGUACAGCCGCUCCAAAUUCGUCGGAGAACAGCUGGUCAGCCGCGCCCGGGAAGCAGGAGCCCAUGCUUAUACCGUGCGGAUCGGCCAGGUCUCGGGUCACUCGGAAAGAGGCCUGUGGAAUGACUCGGAAGCCAUUGCCUUGAUGAUCCGGUCCGCCCUGACGCUGGGGGCAUUGCCGGAUCUGGACAUCUCGUGCUCCUGGCUGCCGGUGGAUCACCUCGCCGCCUGUCUGCAGGAGAUCGCUGACGCGUGUCUCACUCGCCGCGAGGCUGGGCUUACCCUCAGCCACCGUGAUGACAGCGUUUACAACUUGGUGAACCCCCGAAGGUUCACCUGGUCGGUCCUGUUGGAGGAACUCAGACGCCCCAUGGACUGGCAUUUCGAACCGUGCCGGUGA